AUGGUUCUGAGCGAAAGGGAUGCCGGCAAGAAUUUGAGCACAGCCGCAGCGAGAGGAAAGGUGCAGGAGGUACGGAGGAUGCUGGAGGAACAUCGCGUACAUCCUGACACAGUGAACGAAUUCGGCAAGACCGCUCUUCAGGUGAUGAUGAUGGGCAGCACCAACGUCGCGUGUCUACUGCUGGAGCAUGGCGCCAAUGCAAACGUGCAGGACCGCCACGGUGUCACGCCAGCACACGACGCAGCUCGGACCGGAUUCGUGGACACGCUGCGAGUUCUGGUGGAGUUCGGAGCGUCCGUCAACACGCCAGACAACGCCGGAGCUCUGCCCAUCCACAUAGCCAUCCGAGAGGGCCACACCGACGUGGUGGAGUUUCUGGCGCCCCGUUCCAACCUGAGUCACCAAGACACGAGUGGGGACACGGCUUUGGACGUCGCCCGCGCCGCGCGAAUUCCCCACGUAGUGGAACUGCUUGAACGCCAGAUGGAGUCCAGCCUUAAGUUUCAGGCUUAGACGCCCUCAGUCUUUGAGAC